AUAAAACAUGUUGCAGUAUAUUCGUCGUCAAAAUGACGAUGGUCAAGUGACGCGGUCGACCUCGAAGAGACACACCAAAGGGAUGAGAGAGAAUUUACAUGGGUGAAAGUAAACCGGACAGUAGCGAAGAGGAGGACGAAGAAACUCAAGACAUUUCGCCGUUCAGUAAAUUCGACGAAAGUAUCGAAGUUCGUAAUGCAGAAGAAAUUAAAAGCCCUAUUAAUCAUCCAAGACCACCAAGUUCAAGAAGAGGUCGAAGAAAUUUUACGAACGACGGACCUGACAUUUUGGAGGUUACCUCACCGCGCGAAAGGCGCGAAUUUCGAAGGUAUCCUGAUCAAGAAAGAUUUGGUAAAUCAUUAAUGAUCGGUAGCGAUCCAUCAGAUAGCGAAGAAACAGACGACGAUGAUAUCCAAGGAUCAAGUAUAUCCAAACAAAUGGAAAUAUACGAUCCAAAAGAAUUCGAAGAUCUCAAUGUAUCAACCGAAUUAAAGGAACUCUUUCAGAAUAUUUCCAGGUAUACACCACAAAAGAUAGAAUUAAAUUACAAGUUGGUGCCAUUUAUUCCUGACUAUAUACCAGCAGUCGGUGAUAUAGAUGCCUUCAUAAAAAUACCUAGACCAGACGGAGUGGAGGAUAAAAUAGGUCUUGCUGUAUUGGACGAACCUUGUACAGAACAAUCCGACCCAGCUGUAUUACAUUUACAAUUAAGAACUCAUUGUAGAAGUGCUGGUGCACCUAGACAAGCAGUAAUAAAAAGAGUCGAGGAUGCAGAAAAAAAUGUUAAGGCUAUAGAGAAAUGGAUCGAAGAUAUGAAUCAACUUCACAGAAGUAAACAUCCGCCUGCUGUGCAGUUAACUAAAGCAAUGCCUGAUAUCGACACAUUGAUGCAACAAUGGCCGCCGGAUGUUGAGGAUCAACUGAACGAGGCCCCACUUGAUUUCACCAUGCUCGAUUGCGAAUUAUCACGUCUCGUUGACGUUGUCUGCCAUCUACUCGAUAUUCCUUCACAUGAUGGUUACAGACUUGAAAGUCUGCAUACUCUUUUUACACUUUAUUGCGAAAUACGAAACGCAACAUCACAAAAAAUUUAAAACUUUCAAAAGAAAGUUUCAAGCUCAAUCAGAUUCUUCUUUUCUUUAUCUCUUUGUUAAAACAUAUAACUUUGAAGUUACAUACAUACGUAACUCUAUAUUUAAAAUUUUGUUUUAUUUCAUUUUACAUCAUAAAAUACUUUGUUGUAUAUAGUACAUACAUCAUUUAUUACCUGCUAUAUAACUAUAAAGUUACAACAUAUAUAUC